UAAAUUUGAACAAAAAUCAGAAUUCAAGGUUAGCGGGAAAUUUAUGUUUUUCCAGUGAAGAUACUGAAACCUACAAGUGAGAAAAAGAUGAGGGAGAAGCAUGAAGAAGAGUACCAAUAUCACCCAGCAGUAGACAAUCUUGUUUCCCUCUUCACCAAAGCUCACCAUGACCUUUCUCUCCUUCACUUUAAACUCGACAAAGAAUUCCAACAGAUUUACCCAGAUAAUGCUAAUCCUAUGAAAUUAGUGGCUCGUGUUAAGAAAAUUCAGGAUGAGCUUUCUUCUCUUAAAGAUCAAUGUCGUCAACUUCUUGCUGCUAAGCAGGACUUGAUUGAUAAAGCGAGUUCUAUUCUUGUUGGCAACAGAAGCAUGGUGCAGCGUAUGCAAGCAUCUGUUGGCAUUCCGGUGACUAGUGAUUCUGAAGAUGCUGCCUUUUCUAGCUUUAACCAGGUUAUUGAAGAGUGGACAACUCAUAUUAGAUCAAGAAAAGGAGAUGAAGCAGACGGUGCUGUGCCAGAGGACAUUAACGAUAUGCUGUUUUCAUCAAUCGUUGGAAGCACCUGAUCACCAUUCGACUGCAAAUUGCUUGCGUUGGUGGUGAGCGAGAAUGAACUUUCAGUAGCUUUAAUGGGUUCUGUUGGUUGAUGUAUAUCUUUCAUGGGCAUAGAUAAUGAUCAUAACUCGCCUGUUAAAAAAUCUGAUUCUUCUCCCUUUUAUAGUAAAGUGUGGCUAUCGGCUUAUAUGUAGCAUAAAAUUUGGAUGUAUUCAACAACACACAUUAAAUUCAUAAUAUGAUCAGAAUGAGACUGAACACCAUAGUGUUCCAGCUUCCGUCUCCAGAAUAAUGAGUGAAGUAUGUGUAGAUUGUAUCAUUAUCAAACAUCUCUUCUUGUACACAUGUUAAGUGAACCUGUAAUUCUUGCUCUAUCUUACCUUGUUGAAUUUG